GUGAGUGGCUGGUGCUGGAAUCCCAGCACCGAGGAGCGAGAGAGACAGAGAGACAGAGACACAGAGAGAGAGGGGGAGAAGUCAGCAUACGGACCGCCCGCAAGCAAGAGACCACAAGCCGGCCCCUGGUCUUGCUCGUAUUUAUAGAGCAGUUGCAAUGUGACUGACUAUCCCAGCGCCUGUCUUAUAUAAAAACACAACCCGGGUGUCAGCUUUCAACUCCAGGCUGGUGGGAAUGGCGUUUCGGGCAGGACCAGGCGCGGACAAGCCUCACAGGGCAGACACUGCUACCAGCUUCCUCAGGGCUGCACGUUCAGGAAACUUGGACAAACUCUUGGACUAUUUAAAGAAUGGAGCUGAAAUCAACACUUGUAACCAGAAUGGGCUCAAUGCCCUCCACCUGGCAUCCAAGGAAGGGCACGUCAAGGUGGUGUCCGAGCUGCUGCAUAAUGGCAUCGAUCUGGAAGCCGUGACCAAGAAGGGGAACACGGCCCUGCACAUCGCGGCCCUUGCUGGGCAGGAGCAGGUGGUGAAGGAACUCGUUGACUAUGGGGCCAACAUCAAUGCUCAGUCGCAGAAAGGCUUCACUCCGUUCUACAUGGCUGCACAGGAGAACCACCUGGACGUUGUCAAGUUUCUGCUUGAGAAUGGUGCCAACCAAAACGUUGCAACAGAGGAUGGAUUCACGCCCCUGGCAGUGGCCUUGCAGCAGGGCCACGAGAACGUGGUGGCCAUCCUCAUCAACUACGGGACCAAGGGGAAGGUGUGCCUGCCCGCCCUGCACAUCGCCGCACGCAACGACGACACGCGCACUGUUGCCGUCCUCCUGCAGAAUGACCCCAACCCUGAUGUACUGUCCAAGACCGGCUUCACGCCACUCCACAUCGCUGCCCAUUACCAGAACCUGAACGUGGCCCACAUGUUGCUGACUCGAGGGGCGAACGUCAAUUUCACGCCCAAGAAUGGAAUCACAGCCCUGCACAUUGCUUCCAGAAGAGGGAACACUAAUAUGGUGAGGUUUCUGCUGGAUCGGGAAGCCCAGAUUGAUGCGCGGACCAAGGACGAGCUGACUCCUCUUCACUGCGCUGCCAGGAAUGGCCACGUGCAGAUCGCUGAGAUUCUGCUGGAUCGCAACGCUCCCAUUAUGGCCAAAACCAAGAACGGCCUGUCACCCAUCCACAUGGCCGCACAGGGUGACCACCUGGACUGCGUCAGGCUCCUGCUCCAGUACAAGGCGGAGAUCGAUGACGUGACGCUGGAUAACCUGACCCCGCUCCACGUGGCAGCUCACUGUGGGCACCACAAGGUGGCAAAGGUGCUACUGGACAAGGGGGCAAAGCCCAGUGCCAGGGCCCUGAAUGGCUUCACCCCAUUGCAUAUCGCCUGUAAAAAGAAUCACAUCAGGGCGAUGGACCUGCUACUGAAACACGGAGCAUCUCUGGAGGCAGUAACCGAGUCAGGGUUGACACCCCUCCAUGUCGCUGCUUUCAUGGGGAACCUGAACAUUGUCACCAAGUUACUACAGCACGGAGCCUCCCCGAAUGUCUCGAAUGUGAAAGUAGAGACUCCACUGCACAUGGCAGCCCGGGCCGGGCAGACUGAGGUGGCACGAUUUUUACUACAAAACAAGGCCCAAGUCGAUGCCAAGGCCAAAGACGAUCAGACUCCCCUACACUGUGCCGCCCGAAUUGGCCACCUGGAGGUCAUCAAGCUGUUGCUGGAGAACGGGGCGUGCCCCAAGUCAGCCACCACCGCGGGCCACACCCCCUUGCACAUCGCCUCGCGGGAAGGUCACGUCCAGGUGGCAGAGAUCCUGCUAGACCACGGGGCUUCGCAGACCAGAAUGACCAAGAAAGGGUUUACCGCGGUCCACAUCGCUGCCAAGUACGGUAAAAUCCAGGUGAUGGAACUUCUGCUUCAGCGAGGCGGUGAGCCCAACUCUGCAGGAAAGAAUGGACUGACCCCUCUCCAUGUAGCUGUUCACCACGACAAUCACGACAUCGUGAAGCUGCUCCUCAAUCAGAGCGCGUCUCCUCACGCCACGGCGCGGAAUGGCUACACCCCUCUGCACAUCGCUGCCAAGCAGAACCAGACGGAGAUCGCUGGGAGCCUGCUGGAGCACGGUGCAUCGGCCAACAUUGAGUCUUCCCAAGGAGUGACGCCGUUGCACCUGGCUGCCCAGGAGGGCCACAUGGAGAUGGUCACUCUCCUCCUCGACAGUGAAGCCAAUGCCAACCUGAACAGCAAGAACGGCCUGACACCACUACAUCUCGUGGCCCAGGAGGACCGUGUACCGGUGGCUGAAGUACUCAUCCACCAUGGAGCCUCCCCUGAACCAACGACCAGGUCUGGAUACACUCCGCUGCAUAUGGCCUGUCACCAUGGAAACAUAAACAUGGUGAAGUUUCUGCUCCAAAACCAGGCGAACGUCAAUUACAAAACCAAGAUUGGACACACGCCCUUGCACCAGGCAGCACAGCAAGGCCACACAGAUGUUGUUAACCUCCUCCUGAAGCACGGAGCCUCUCCUAAUGAAAUCACCACGAAUGGAAGCACAGCGUUGGCGAUCGCAAAGCGACUCGGCUACAUCUCCGUAACGGACGUGUUGAAGAUUGUCACUGACGAAACCAUGAGCACAACCAUCACAGAGAAGCACAGACUGAGUUUCCCCGAAACUGUUGACGAAAGCCUGGACGUGUCGGAGGAUGAAGGAAAUCCCCACACUCUCCUAGGAGAAGAUGUCCUUGGAGUAGAUGCAAACAAGUACCUCAAACAGGACGAUUCAAAGGAGCAAGAGGAAGACUACUUAUCUGCAAAGAAGACAGCUGAUUUUGAUGUGUCGUGCUCUCCUGCAGUGCACAGGAUGUCAUUUGCUGCACCGGAAAACAUGGCUGCAAAAGACCAAAUCGCACCUCAAGCAGAACAGCAACAGGCAUCCAUGUCCCUGUCCAAGGACUUUGAUGAGGACUCCUUCACGCCCAGCAGCCCGGCCACUGAGACGUCUGAUAACAUCAGCCCGAUUGCUAGUCCCAUCCACACAGGUGAACUCAGCAGGCCUUCUGCAGACAUGUACGAUAGCACCAACUCUAUCGACAAUGCCAGCAUUGUCCUUCCUGGAUUUCUGGUUAGUUUCAUGGUGGACGCCCGAGGGGGCUCCAUGAGAGGCAGCCGCCACAACGGGAUGCGUGUCAUCAUACCGCCACAGACCUGCAACGCCCCCACGCGCAUCACCUGCCGCCUGGUCAAGUCCCAGAAGCUGGUGAGCCCACCGCCACUGGUGGAAGGAGAAGGGCUGGGGAGCAGAGUGGUCGCACUGGGACCGGCCGGGACUCGCUUCCAGGCCCCCGUCAUUGUGGAGAUCCCGCACUUUGCCUCGGUGGAGCACUCGGACCGAGAGCUGGUGGUCUUCCGCAGCGAGAACGGAUCGACGUGGAAGGACCACCGGAACUGCUGUGGGUCGGAGCAGCUGGAGCAACUCCUGAGUGGAAUGGACGAAGAUCUGGACUCGACGGACGAGCUGGAUCGCAAACGCAUUUGCCGCAUCACGUCCAUGGACUUCCCGCUCUACUUUGCCAUCGUGUCCCGGAUCAAGCAGGACACGGAGUGGAUCGGGCCUGAGGGCGGGGUGGUGAGCAGCACCCUGGUACCAAAGGUCCAGACAACCUUCCCUGCGUCAGCAGUCAUCAAGAAGGUCCGCCUGGGGCUGCAGGCCCAGCCUAUUCCCGACGAGCUGGUGACAAAGUUGGUGGGUAACCAGGCAACCUUCAGUCCGAUUGUAACGGUGGAGCCACGGAGAAGGAAAUUCCACAUCCCGAUAGGUCUCUGCAUCCCACUGCCGCCCUCGUGGAGGAACAGCCGGCAGAACAGCUGUGAAGGCGACGAGACCAGCCUGAGACUCCUGUGCAGCGUCAUAGGGGGAACGGGCGCUGCCCAGUGGGAGGAUAUCACAGGGACCACCAAACUCCUCCAUGCUAACGACUGCGUAAAUUUCACCACCAAUGUAUCGGCAAGGUUCUGGUUGGCAGAUUGUCCCCGCACUGCGGAGGUGGUGAACUUUGCCACCCAGAUCUACAACGAGCUGAUGGCGGUACCCUACAUGGCCAAGUUUGUGGUGUUUGCCAAGAUGCACGAUGGCCGUGACGGCAGGCUGCGGUGUUACUGCAUGAGCGACGACAAAGUGGACAAGACCCUCGAGCAGCACGAGAAUUUCACGGAAGUGGCGAGAAGCAGGGACAUUGAGGUGCGAGAGGGGAUGCCGUUGUACGUGGAAUGUUCCGGCAACAUCGUGCCAGUGAGGAAGGCGGGGCAACAGCGGUGUUUCAACUUCCAUUCCUUUAAGGAAAACCGCCUCCCUAUCACCAUCAAGGUGAGGGACCUCAGCAAGGACCACGCUGGCCACAUCUCCUUCCUUCGCAAGCCCACGAAAUACGAGGAUCUACAGCACAUCAUCUGUAACCUGAACAUCACCAUGCCUCCAUGCGUGAAGGUGGAUGGGAGUGAGGAGCGACGUCGCAACUUGACCCCGUUGGCCCUCCGUGAGCGAUACAACACGCUGACCGAACCGGCCAUGGCCUCUCUCAGCGCCUGGGAACGUACAGAGAUGAAGAUGUCCUUGAUCGCGGAGCAGCUUGGUCUCAGCUGGGCUGAGUUGGCACGGGAGCUGCAGUUCUCCGUAGAUGACAUCAACAAAAUCCGGGUGGAAAAUCCCAACUCCCUCUUGGAGCAGAGUGCGGCGCUUCUCAACCUGUGGGCCAGCCACGAGGGGAAGAGAGCUAAAAUGGAAAGCUUGUACCUGGCACUGAAGAACAUUGAUCGCAACGACAUAGUGAGUAUGUUGGAAGGAUCCGGCAUCAACAGCCACCAUCUGAAUGCAAAUAGAAAGCACACAGAAAGAGACCAAAGCCUUUCUCCGGCAGUGAAUGGUUUCACUACAGUGCAGGAUGAGAUGCUAUCUCCCGCCUCGCUUCAAUACACGAUGCCAUCUCCGCUUCAAGCUGACCAGUUCUGGAAUGACGUCACCAGCCUGGACGUUAAUCCCCAUGCACGUGCCGACAACGACUCCCUUCUGGAGAUGUCCGACGUCAAUGUGUGGUCGUCGGGCGGCAAGCCGCCUCUGGUGGUCGCGGAAGACUCUUCGCUGGACUACAGCAGGGCCGACGACUCAUUUCAGGCCGAGGGACUGAGUUCCUUAAACCUCAAUGAGGAGGAUUCAGACGCCAUCAAUGGGUUGGUAGAUAUGCUCGACAGUGUCGGAGGUCAGAGGUCAGAGGGCAAAAGGUCAGAGAUGACAGAAGGAGAGACUCCAACCAAGAUGGCAGAGGAGGUGAAUACAGAGAAUGGCAUUUCUGUAAUUUCAGGGCAGCAGAAAUGGGCAGGGUCACCCACCUUGAGGCGAGCGACUUCAGACGUCCAGCCGCCUGACCUGAAUGCGGAAAGGUCCCAAGCACCACCUUACAUUGUGUCCUACCUGACGGUCCACGAGGAGAGAGGAAGGAUCCCUGAGGUUGAAGGGACCUCGGUGAUGGCCCCGAAGGCUGAGCCAUGGAAGCCAGGCUUCAUUGCAUCGCAGAAGGAGGCGUGGGCCGAGGUUCUGAAACAGUGGCCGGCCGAGAGCUUGUCCAACAUCGCCAAGCAGAGUCCCCGUAGCCUACAGACCGAGGAGCGGCUGGUACAGUCGCUGGACAGCAGGGGGCAGCAGCAGCCUCUCCCCUACCGCCAUCUGAAGGAUUUGGAGGGCCCUCUUUGUUCCGCCACUGGCGGCUCGGCACUUCACCGCCACGUUGAUCCACGAAGCAGCUGGAUAACCGUGGAGGAGGAGGUGGUGGACUCGAGCGAGGAGGAGCUGGACAAGGAGCUCGGCGAGAGCGAGGCCAGCUCCGACGACGAGGAGAUUGUCACCACCAGGAUCAUACGCCGGAGGCUCAUCGUUAAGGGUGAAGAAGCAAAGAACAUUCCAGGCGAGUCGGUGACGGAGGAACAGUUUGUCGACGAAGAUGGCAACAUCGUCACGAAGAAAGUCGUUCGAAAGGUUGUUCGGAGGAUCGGCCCCGGCGAAGGGAAGGAAGAGACAGUGGAGGUGCUAUACCCAGAUCCGUCAGACCUAGAAAAUGCAGCAGAUAACUUCUCAAAGUACAUGUUAACAAGAGACAGCACAAACAGUAAGCUGGGAGAGAGGGAUAGUGCCUUGUACAAUGAAUGGAUUCAUAGUCGAAUGGGCACGCAGAUUGUGAAGAAAAUCAGCUCGGACAUGAAUACGUCAAAGCAGUGAUUUAGGGAUGAUGGCACAAAGGAUACUGUAUCUACAACACGGCCUUGACAAGAAGAAGCAGGCAGACUGGGGGGCUGUGAGAGGAAAAAGACUUUACAUUAGGCUACAGGCAUGAUUUCUAUAGGAGAGUUACUAUUAUCAAUUAGCAUGAUUGACUGUCAAAGCAUGUACCCUGUUGUACCGCCUAAAGGACUGAAUGAUAAUUAUUGUCACAGAGCUGGGAGGUACCCCACCUACAGAAUAAGCCUGAACGAUACCAGGGUCGGAUCUCAACAGCAAUAUCAAAUCAAAAUUCAGUCGCUUUAAUGCUCACAUUUUUAAUUGGGUUUUAAAUAGCAAGUAGAGUUUUCAAUACAAUUGUUUUGCUGUACAUGAUUAACAUAAUACUAUGCAAAAAAAAAAUAACAGCAAUGCACUGCAAUAUAUUCAACAGUUGUCUGGGUAGGUACCAAACCAGCUGUAUAAAAGACAACUUUAGUUGGCAUCAAAUGCUUCUCUUACUUUUCCUUUUUUGCUGGCCCACCGCUAAUUCCUUGGAGUACAAAAUUGUGCUUUGUAGCUUUUAAAUUCUGCUACUCUAUUUUUUUAAAGAAUUUCCUGUAAGAUUUGUGUUUGGUUUGAAUAUUUGUCCUAUUCCAGAAGAGGGCAGCUCUCUAUGUUCUAAGUAUUAAACAGUAAAGAACCAC